GUGACAGUGGCAGGAAGUCACAUUAGCCGGGGGGGGACGGAGGACGGGCCACUUCCACCCGCCCGCUUGCCACUGCCGCCAUCACAGCGAGGCAGCGAUGGCUGGCGGCGGAGAGGACGCGGCGAGGGCUCGUCCCGCGCGCCCCACGCUGCCGGCCGCGGCCCAGCCGCGCAGCUCGAGCACUAGACGGCCUCCUCCAUCUCCUCGGCUUCCACCUCCUUGACCUCCAUCUCCUCGACCUCCAUCUCCUCGACCUCCCCCGCUUCCGUCCCCCCCGUGGCUGCCCGGCGCGGCCGGCUCGAGCCCGGGGGUGGGCGCCAUGGCUAGCGUCAUCCUGGAGAGCAUCUUCCUGAAGCGCUCGCAGCAGAAGAAGAAGACGUCGCCCCUCAACUUCAAGAAGCGCCUGUUCCUGCUGACGGAGAGCAAGCUGUCCUACUACGAGUACGACUUCGAGCGCGGGCGCCGGGGCAGUAAGAAGGGCUCGGUGGACAUCGAGAAGAUCACCUGCGUGGAGACGGUGGUGCCCGAGAACAACCCUCCCCCCGAGCGGCAGGUCCCGAGGAAAGGGGAGGAUUGCAACAACAUGGAGCAGAUCUCCAUCAUCGAGCGCUUCCCCUACCCCUUCCAGGUGGUGUACGACGAGGGGCCCCUCUACGUCUUCUCGCCCACCGAGGAGCUCCGCAAGCGCUGGAUCCACCAGCUCAAGAGCGUGAUCCGCUACAACAGCGACCUGGUCCAGAAGUACCACCCCUGCUUCUGGAUCGACGGCCAGUACCUGUGCUGCUCGCAGACAGCCAAGAACGCCAUGGGCUGCAAGAUCCUGGAGAGCAGGAACGGCAGUUUAAAAGUCGGGCGGUCGCAUCGCAAAACGAAGAAGCCUCUUCCCCCCACUCCCGAGGAGGACCAGAUGGUGAUGAAGCCCCUGCCCCCCGAGCCGGCCCCCGGCACAACAGGCAAGAUGAAGAAGGUGGUGGCCCUGUACGACUACUCGCCCAUGAACGCGCAGGACCUGCAGCUGCAGAAGGGCGAGGAGUACUUCAUCCUGGAGGAAAGCCACCUGCCCUGGUGGAAAGCCUGUGACAAGAACGGAAGGGAAGGCUACAUCCCCAGCAACUAUGUCACCGAAACCAGCAAUUCCCUGGAGAUCUUUGAGUGGUACUCCAAGAACAUCACCCGGAGCCAAGCAGAGCAACUGCUGAAGCAGGAGGGGAAGGAAGGGGGCUUCAUUGUCCGAGACUCGACUAGCAAGACAGGCAAAUACACCGUCUCCGUCUACGCCAAGUCCUCUGUGGACCCCCAAGGCACUAUCCGCCACUACGUCGUAUACUGCACCCCCCAGAAUCAGUACUACCUGGCGGAGAAGCACCUCUUCAACACCAUCCCGGAGCUCAUCACCUACCACCAGCACAACUCUGCUGGCCUCAUAUCCAGACUGAAAUACCCCGUGUCUCAACACCAGAAAAGUGCUCCUUCCACAGCUGGCCUCGGCUAUGGGUCAUGGGAGAUUGACCCGAAGGAUCUGACUUUCCUGAAGGAACUGGGAACAGGGCAGUUUGGAGUGGUGAAGUACGGGAAAUGGAGAGGCCAGUACAACGUCGCUAUCAAGAUGAUCAGGGAGGGCUCCAUGUCAGAGGAUGAGUUUAUCGACGAAGCCAAAGUCAUGAUGAACCUGUCUCAUGAGAAGCUGGUACAGCUCUAUGGGGUCUGCACCAAGCAGCGUCCCAUCUUCAUCAUCACUGAGUACAUGGCCAACGGCUGCCUCCUGAACUUCCUGAGGGAGCCUCGGCGGCGGUUCCAGCCCACUGAAUUGCUGGAGAUGUGCAAGGAUGUCUGUGAAGCUAUGGAGUACCUGGAAUCCAAGCAGUUCUUGCACCGAGACCUGGCUGCUCGCAACUGUUUGGUGAACGACCAAGGAAUUGUGAAAGUCUCAGACUUCGGCCUUUCCAGGUACGUUCUGGAUGACGAGUAUACAAGCUCCAUGGGGUCAAAGUUUCCAGUUCGGUGGUCGCCCCCUGAAGUCCUUCUAUACAGCAGGUUCAGCAGCAAGUCUGACGUCUGGGCUUUUGGCGUUCUGAUGUGGGAAGUUUACUCCCUGGGAAAGAUGCCUUACGAGAGGUUUAACAACAGCGAGACGACGGAGCACGUCAUCCAAGGCCUGCGCCUCUACCGGCCGCAGCAGGCCUCAGAGCGGGUCUACGCCAUCAUGUACAGCUGCUGGCAUGAGAAAGCCGAGGAGCGCCCGGCGUUCACCGCGCUGCUGGCCACCAUCCUGGACAUCACCGACGAGGAGCCCUGAGCGCCCGGGCCGGGCUGGCGUCGCUGCCCGCUCGCCCUGCCUGGCGCCGGUGGCUGGUACUACCGGGCCGGCAACACCUCCCCACCGCGGGCACCAGACAGCAGCGCCCUGCCGCGGUCUCCGGGGCGGCCCCGCGGGCCGCUCCCCUGUCGCGGUACAAUAAAUGGCUGCCCGAG